AUGGCCGAGAUGACCAAGGCGCGCGAGGUCAAGGUCGUGCUCCUCGGCGAUACGGGCGUCGGCAAGUCGUCGCUCGUCCUCCGCUUCGUGACCAACAACUUCCGCCCGUACUCGGAGUCGACCAUCGGCGCGAGCUUCAUGUCCAAGAUGCUGCUCGUCGGCGACCAAGCCAUCAAGUAUCAGAUCUGGGAUACCGCCGGGCAGGAAAAGUACCAUUCGCUUGCGCCCAUGUACUACCGCGGCGCCGCGGCCGCGAUCGUCGUCUACGACAUUACGCGCAAGCAGUCGCUCCAGACGCUCAAGAACUGGGUCAAGGAGUUGAAGCAGCUCGGCCCGGACAACAUUGUGAUUGCGAUCGCAGGCAACAAGUCGGACCUCAAGGACAAGCGGGAAGUGAGCUCGGAGACGGCCAAGGCGUACGCCGACGAGAUUGGCGCCGUCUUUGUCGAGACGAGUGCGAAGGAAGAUACGAACGUCUCGGACCUCUUCAAGACGAUCAGCCAGCAGCUGCCGUCGCCCGCGGGCGACAACAACGCGCUCCCAGAGAUCGUCGACCCGUACGGUGGCGGCAAGAAGAAGGGCGGAUGCUGCUAA